AUGCCAUUUAUCCUAUCCGACAACCAAUUUGCCUUUACUAAAGGAAGACAUAUUGCUGAUUGUAUCCUAGUUGCUAAUGAAAUAGUCGAUGCUAUGAAAAAGCACCGAGAUGGAGGCAUCCUUGUGAAGUUGGAUUUUGCCAAGGCCUAUGACAACAUCGAUUGGGCUUUUAUGUUAAAUCUUCUUGAAGACAUGGGUUUUGGUGGUCGUUGGAUCAAAUGGAUGGAGGAAUGUGUUUCAACAACUUCUUUGGCGGUACUUGUGAAUGGUUCCCCAACUGACUUCUUCAAGAUUGAGAAAGGUCUUCGUCUGGGGGACCCCUGGGGGACCCUCUAUCCCCUCUAUUGUUCAACAUAUGUGUCAAUGGCUUCUCGUGCAUGUUAA